ACAUUGACUUCCUGUACCAAACUAAAACGUGUCUGGAGAAAAUGGCCACCAGCAGCAAGGAGUUCAUCAAGCAAAGGAGACGUGCGUAUGCUGCAAAGUUUCCCUUCCUCACAGACAGUCAGAUCACUGCAAAGUUGAAGAGGAUAUGGAUUGCAUCUCAAGACCGUGUUAAUGACUCACUUCCACCAACUGUUGGCACAACACAAGCUACAAGUCGAAAGUCCAGGUCCAUUGUGCAAAGAAGCCUGCCUUGUUUGGCACGGGACUUCUCACAGGCCAUUAAAGAGAACAUUGACACUGCACACAGCAAAGACAUUCCGACUUGUACCCGAACAAGUGAUGUAGGGUCUAGGUGUGACCUCCCACAAACCACAAGUACCCCCCACGCCCGUGCCACUGUAUAUAGCAGCCAGUCACCUCCAGUCACCUCAUCCCACAACACUCGGGAACACACUGAUACUGUCAGCCCACAAUCUCCCAACACACUAUUAUUGACUGUAGGCUCUGAAGCCAGAUGUCAUGACCGACCAACUUAUAAAAAACCAGUCCGAAAGCCUCGAUUAAGCGUAGGAACUAAAAAGACGGUGCAGCAGAACAUUACAAGCUCGCAACCAGAGCCAACCAAGCACGAUAAUUCCCUUCUCGAAACGACACUAAACAUAUCCCUCCCUUGUGACCUCCUCCCCUCCUCUAGACUGACUCGCAGCAAGACAGCUUUCUUGAGGCAACAGGAGCUAGCCUCUCCGUCUCAACCACCAGCCAAGAAGAGGCGAACUAUAAAAAAAGACGAGUCCUGCACUCCAGAUAAAUGUCCGAGUGUGUUUGAGGUAGCAGCUGUGUCUAGGAGCAAAGCAAAGUCCAGCAGUCCUAAUCAACCGUUUGUUGAGUGCACCACCACACCUUCCCAGAGCCCCUUGAUGUCAGUGCCCCAAGACCAACUGUGUGACUUGUUCUCACGGCCACUCCCAGAGAGACAAUCACUCGACUCUGCCCCUACUCAUUCCCACACUGAUCAGCGAAGGAUAAUCUCGAGCGCAGCGAGGGACAGUCAGGGGGAAGUUUUGGACUAUUGCCUAUUCAAUGAUGUUGAUGACAUAUUUAUGUGAAACUAUACAUUACAUACUUGUAGCUAGUUAUAACUUGUCCUGCUCAUGCAUAGCUAGAACUUGUAACUUUAUGUUUGUAUCCCUAUUACACAGUCGACAACAAUUUAAAAUAUCACUUCUUUUUAAUAACAUUUGCACAGCUUGUUUAUCAUUAUGUUCAACAGUGA